AUGACGAUGAAUUUUGUGACGUUCAACCAGGACUACAGCUACCUAGCUGUCGGCACCUCCAAGGGAUUUCGAAUAUUUACAACAGAUCCUUUCGGCAAAAGCUAUGAGACGAGAGAAGGAAAUAUCGCAAUUCUGGAGAUGCUCUUCUCUACUUCCCUGGUCACUCUUAUUCUCUCUCCCCGAAGACUACAGAUAAUGAAUACUAAGCGACAGUCCGUGAUUUGUGAACUUACUUUUCCAACAACUGUUUUAGCCAUUAGGUUGAACCGAAAACGGCUUGUCAUUGUAUUGGAGGGCCAGAUCUAUAUCUACGACAUUAAAACGAUGAAACUUGUGUAUACGAUUGAAACAUCACCUAAUCCCAACGCAAUAUGUGCCCUCGCUCCAUCUGAUGAUAACUGCUAUCUCGCCUAUCCUCUUCCCCAGAAGGCCCCACCGCCCAAUUUUGUCCCGGUGUCCCAUGCUCCUCCGGCGAACUCUCACAUCCCACCCACAAGCGGCGAGGUACUGAUAUUUGACGCACGUAAGCUUGAGGCGGUAAAUGUAGUAGAGGCACACAAGUCCCCCUUGUCGUUCCUAGCAAUAAAUAACGACGGCACGCUUCUUGCAACUGCGUCCGAUAAGGGAACGAUUAUUCGCGUCUUCUCGGUUCCCGCUGCGCAUAAAUUAUUUCAGUUCAGAAGAGGCUCUAUGCCGUCUCGAAUAUUCAGCAUGUCUUUCAAUAUUACAUCCACCUUAUUAUGUGUCUCAUCCGCAACCGAAACAAUCCAUAUUUUUAAACUCGGAGACAAACAGCAACAAAAGCCAGGAUCAUCAAAAAAUAGCCCUACUCGCGCAUCAAGCCGCAGAUCCAGUGCUGAAUCUGCUGUGGGACCGUCAAGUUCCGAUAUAUCGGCGCGCAGGCACAAUGGAACUUUCAUGGGAAUGAUUCGACGCACUUCUCAGAGUGUAGGGACUUCUUUUGUGGCGACUGUUGGCGGCUAUUUACCAAAGGGUGUUACGGAGAUGUGGGAACCUGAACGAGAUUUCGCUUGGAUUAAACUCCCUAAGACCGGUAAAGGCACAGACCCGAUCAGAAGCGUCGUUGCGAUGAGCAGAAAUACACCCCAGGUAAUGGUGGUGACGAGCGAAGGCAACUUCUACGUCUUUAAUAUCGAUCUGUCCAACGGUGGGGAGGGAACAUUAGUCAAACAAUACUCGGUGCUUGACUCUAGUGACGGACUCAGUACAGCCGGAGUGGAUUAUUAA